AUGAUACGUUACGAGACCGACGCCCUCGCCGACAUCGACCACGCCGUCACCGAGACUGGCCUCUCCACCCAAUUCCUACAUAGCCUCGACAAGCGCCUCGAGACCAUUCGUGUCGUCCUCGGCGACCAAGGGCUCCCCUUCGACACGGUCCUCUCCCGGGUCAUCCUGGCGGAGGAAUCACAGGCGCAACGCGCCGCCAAGAAGAGUGCCUCCUUCCCCGGUGGUGACCGUGGCCAAGGCGGCAGCUCCGGCACAGGCGCUCGCGGCUCUGGUGACCGCGGCCACAGCAGUGGCUCCUCCGACCGCGCCCCGGCUCCUCCUCAUCAACACCAGCAGCCCUCUGGCCGUGGUCGUGGUGACCGCUUCGCUGAGGGUGAUCGCGGUCGUGGCCGUGGCCGCGGGCGCGGUGACUACGCUGGGCAUGGCUCGCCCUCCCAGCCCCUGCAGUCGCCGUUCACCGGCUACUUUGCGCCAUACGACAUGGCGUUACCCUCCCCGCGUGCCGGUUGGGUGCCCCCCAAUGCUGCUGGCGUGCUUGGCCCGUGCCCCGGUGCGCAUGCCCAGGCGUACCCCAUGUACCAGCCUCCGUCGCCGCCGUCGACGCCAUACUACCCUCCCGCGCCACCGUCCUGGGAGCACUUGGCCAUGAUCCACGCCGCCUACAGCAACUCCGGCAUCCCCAACCAGCCUGCUCCCGAGUGGUACUUGGACAGUGGAGCCUCUUCGCACGUGACCGGCACCCAAGGAUCUUCGCACUCGGAAAGUUCUCAUGAUCUCCGCUAGCACCGGCGACCUCUACCCAUUCUAUGGCAAUAAUCCAACCAGGGUGUCCGCACUCCUCACCACCACCUCGGACUUAUGGCAUCGUCGUCUCGGGCAUCCCGACGCUCACACUCUAUCCACUAUUUUCUCGUGAUUUUCUUAGUGAUUGUAAUAAGGCUCCUCAUGUACCAUGUAGUGCUUGCCAACUAGGGCGUCAGCCACGCCUUCCUUUUUCAUCCUCUCAUAGCAAAACAUAUGCUCCCUUUGAUUUAAUCCAUUGUGAUUUGUGGA